AUGGAGACACAUACACAAUCCUCUCUGCUGAUCAGUCGCAUGCUGGACUCUCUCCCACAAGCUCAGCUGACUGUUCAGUCUGGAUGGACAGACAUCUUCCCCACUGAAACAGUGACUCUGAGGUGUGUAAUUCAGGGCAGCUCUACAGAGUGGAUGUAUAAAUGGUACAGAGAUGGACGGGAGCUUCCUGUAGACAAAGCUGACUCCAGCAGUGUAAAUGGAGACACAUACACAAUCCUCUCUGCUGAUCAGUCACAUGCUGGACUGUACACCUGCAGAGGAGCACAUACAAGGAGAGCAUCUGUACACUCUCUGGUUAGCAGCUCUGCUACAUUGAGUGUACGAGGUAAAUAUGCUUUAUUUUCUCUCAACAAUUUGUAUGUCAUGGGCAUGAUAGGAGGAAAACCAAAACCUGUUAUUACCCAGAAUGCCCCCAGUAGAGCAAUGUACACAGGAGAGAGAGUCACCCUGAGCUGUGGGUUUGGGGGAGAUCCUGCAGGCUGGGAGUAUCUCUGGUACAAAGACACACUGAGACACACUGUGCCCAACACUGACAGCAGCAGGACUGAUGUGUCCAGUUUCACCAUCAGCUCUGCUGCUCUGGCCCACAGUGGAGAGUACCGCUGCAUAGCUGCAAGAGGAAGAAAACCUUUUUACUCAGACUUCAGUGAUCCUCUGACUUUAGAAAUAUCUGGUGAGGAUGAUUAA